UAGACUGCUAGUGCCGACUGUGCGCCGACGUUGAAAUCUCGGUUAGAGACCCACUGUUUCCAUGGACGCGAGGCGGUGUCUUGUACACACGGUUUUCUUUGCGACGUUGAAACGUAGGUCGAGUGCAUUGAGCUUAGGCUGGUGUACAUCAAGGAGCAGAUUUUUCGCCUUCCACCCGGACGCGUCUUGGUACAAAAGGAUGAGUAGCGACACGGCACGCUCUGCACGCUCCUCCCUCCCUUCUCACCUCCUUGGACCAUGAUUACAACAACGUCCCGCACACAGGCAGCGCCUGUAAAGACUAGGUUCACUGCUGUGGCCGACGAUGUCAAGCCAACUCCGAUUCCAGACGUCAAGACCCUAAAGGACGCUAUUCCAGCAAAGUGCUUCGAGCGCUCCAUGAUCCGCUCCUUUUCCUACGUUGUUCGCGAUCUUAUCAUCGUAAGCGGACUCUUUUACUCUGCCGUCCGGCUUUCGCAACUUGACGCCUCGCCCCUUAUCACGGUCCCGCUUUGGGCGCUCUACAGCUUUGUACAGGGAUGCUUCUUUACCGGCCUCUGGAUUCUCGCCCACGACUGUGGCCAUGAUUCGUUUUCUGACAACCUUACCGUCAACGCUGUGACUGGCUGGUUCCUCCACAGCAUUUUGAUGGUGCCGUUCUUUAGCUGGAAGUUCAGCCACGCACGUCAUCAUCGCUACCACAACCACAUGGAAAAGGACACUGUUUUCGUCCCUCACCGAAAGUCUGAUGCCAUGGCCAGGACCACCGAGCCAUCCAUCAUGGAGAAGAUCAUGGACCACGCCGCUGCCGACACACCACUCAUCCAAGUCGGCGCUCUUAUCUUCCACCAAGUGCUUGGCUGGCCUGCUUACAUCUUGAUGAACGCCGGUGCCGGACCGAAGAGUCUGACCAAGAGCGACCGGGCUUCCCAGUCAAAGUACAAACAAAGCCAUUUGGACCCGACUUCACCCGUAUUCACUCCUUCUGAGGCACCAUUUGUCGCCCUGAGCAACGUUGGACUUAUUCUCACCAUGAGCGCCAUCUACCUUGCCUCGAGGAGCGUCGGCACAUCGACUGCUCUCUUGGCAUACGGUCUCCCUUACCUCUGGAUGAACCACUGGAUUGUCGCUAUUACCUACCUUCACCACACACACGAGGACGCACCUCACUACGAGGCCGAAAACUGGACCUUCAUCAAGGGCGCUGCUUCCACUGUUGACCGCGACUUUGGUUUCAUUGGUCGCCACAUCUUCCACGGUAUCAUUGAGUACCACGUCGUCCACCAUAUGUUCCCACGCAUUCCCUUCUACCACGCAGAGGAAGCCACAUGGGCUAUUGCUCCUCUUCUCGGCGAACGCUACAUCCAGCAAAAGAGCAACUUCUUUGUCGAUCUAUGGCAGAGCUUCACUACCUGCAGGUAUGUUGAAGAGGGUACUGGCAAGAACGCUGGAGGCUUGGUUUGGGCGAAGAACUAGCUUUGAAAGAGCCUUCAGUUCCGAUGUUUUACGAUUAGAUUUCCUUUAGACAUAGAUCAAUGCCUUCCCAUUGUAGAAUCUAGACCAAAACUACAACGUCAC